AUGCAAACAAGAGAAGUAACAACAACCGGACUCAACUACAUGCUCCCAUCAAACACAUCACCAUAUCUUCAAACCUACAACAACAUUAACCCAACAUUCCAUCUCCAAAAACUCUCAAACCAAUUAUUCAAUUACCAAAACACCCCUCAAUUUCACCAUGACUUCCAUUAUAGUCCUCAAUCCUCAUGCAUAAGUAGCAACUCAACUUCUGAUGAAGCUGAUGAACAAAACCUAAGCCUCAUCAACGAGAGGAAACAUCGACGGAUGAUAUCGAACCGAGAAUCGGCCCGUCGAUCGCGUAUGAGGAAGCAGAAACACCUUGAUGAACUUUGGUCACAAGUCCUUUGGCUAAGAAAUGAAAAUCAUCAACUUAUUGAAAAACUUAACCAUGUUUCGGAGAAUCAUGAUCAAGUUGUUCAAGAGAAUUCUCAGCUGAAAGAAGAAGCUUUGGAACUUAGACAAAUGAUAAGAGACAUGCAGAUUCAUAGUCCUUUGAUUCCUUCUUUUAGUCCUUUGGAAGAUACUUAUCUUAGAGAUGAUUCUUCAAACAAUUCCAUCUAA